CGCCGCAAAGCAAACGAGGCGCGUUUUAGUUCACAGUUGCGUCUCGUCGUUCGCGUUGCAGCUGGGGUGUUAAAAAUCCACAGCCUGUGACCGUGACCAUUCGUGCGUCUUUACCGAGAGGCGUUGCUUUUUUAUAUCAUUUUAAAGAAGAGGCUUCCGCUUCCUGCUGCUCCGUUUAAAGCACCCGAUUGAUCACACGCUGAUCACACGCCGGGAACUGACCACCCACUACUUCACGAACCCACCGCUGGAAGAAAUGAAGUAAGCGUCCAGUGCCAUGAAUGUGUCACCAUUUAACCAGAGGAUACGCAUGAGCGAGUCUCUAAACUGAGCCAGAUCUGAAGAUUGUAAGCAUGUCUGAGCGCGGAGGGAUUCAGCAGCGACCGGUGGGAGCUCCAUCUCCCCACUUGCAGCCCCUCAGGUCGGUCACGAUCUCCUCGAGUCGUCCCGUUCAGAUGAACUUGUUUGCGACAUGGGAGAUUGACAGUUCUUCUCCGAGCUGUGUCCCCAGACUUCUCAGUCUAACUCUUAAAAAAUUAGUGAUUUUGAAGGAGCUGGACAGAGAUCUUACGUCUGUGGUCAUUGCAGUGAAACUUCAGGGCUCGAAGCGUAUUUUGCGGUCUAAUGAAAUCAUGCUGUCGUCUGCUGGCCUUACAGAAACGGAUCUUCAACUGACCUUCUCGCUUCAGUAUCCACACUUUUUAAAGAGGGAUGCUAACAAACUUCAGAUAAUGCUGCAGAGACGCAAGAGGUACAAGAAUCGGACUAUUCUGGGCUAUAAGACCCUCGCACUAGGACUUAUUAAUAUGGCUGAGGUAAUGCAGCAUCCCACAGAAGGAGCUCAGGUGUUGGGUUUGCACACAACAGUGAAAGACACAGCAUUGCCUGUCGCUGAGAUCCGAGUCUACUCCCUCUCUAGUCAACCCAUCGACCCAGAGGGACCAAAGGCCAAGCUGUCUGAUCGCUCACCAGACAUGGAUAAUUAUUCGGAGGAGGAAGAGGAAAGCUAUUCUUCAGAGCAGGAUGCCAGCGAUGACCCACUACAGGGGCAGUACCUCUAUGACGACGAGGAUGAACUAAGGAAGAAAAAACCUCGUCGUAAAUUACCCUCCACAGCCUCCAUCAGCAGAGCUAACCAACCCAACAUCAAACAGAAGCUCAUGGCGCUGGUUAAAUGGUUCAAAGUGUCUGAUGAGGUAGGGUUUGGUUUGGACCAUGUGUCCCACGACCAGAUCCGUGAUGUGGAAGAGGAUCUGGAUGAGCUCUAUGACAGUCUGGAGAUGUAUAACCCCAGUGACAGCGGACCAGAGCUGGAGGAAACUGACAGUAUUAUCAGCACACCCAAACCCAUACUCAGGCCGUUUUUUGAAGGCAUGUCACAGUCCAGCUCUCAGACAGAAUUUGGUAGCUUGCAUAGCAGGUACAGCUUCGUCAAAGAAAAACUAAGUCCUAGGGGUGAACAGCCUGGAAAAUGCGGUCAAAUCCAACGCUCCCCCAGCUCACACCUGGACGAUGUUUUCUCAGAGGUGGACACUCUGGAACACAGUGAAGUGGAGGUUAUAGGGGACGGGACCCCGAGCAUCACUGUAUCUGUGGCCGAUAGGCCCGGGACCCCGCAGAGGAGCAAUAGCACAAACAUGCCAUCACCCCGGUUGGAUGGUGGUCACACACCCAAACUGAAGCGAGGGACCCCUAUGAAAGAGAGACAGCUGUCCAAACCGCUUAGUGAGCGCACAAACAGCUCAGACAGCGAGAGAUCUCCCGAGCUCAGCCUUACCCCUCAGAUGCCGAGAAAGAUAGUUUAUGACCAGCUCAACCAGAUUCUGCUGUCUGACAGCACUCUUCCUGACAGUCUCAUCCUGGUGAAUUGCAGCGAUUGGCAAGGACAGUACGUUUCUGAACUGCUGCAGACUCAGAAGCUCCCGGUGGUUUGCACCUGCUCCGGAUCAGAAAUCCAGGCCGUCCUUUCCACCCUGCUCACACGCAUACAGAAAUUCUGCAACUGUAACUCCAUCAUGCCUAAACCGGUAAAGGUUGUUUCUGUCGGAGGUCAAAGCUACCUCGGGGCCAUCUUGAGGUUUUUCGUUUCUCAGCUCGCCAACAAGACAUCCGACUGGCUCAGCCACAUGAAGUUCCUUGUGGUUCCUCUAGGUUCUCACCCUGCGGCCAAACACCUGGGUUCUCUGGACAGCCGUUACAGUACUUCCUUCCUGGACAGCUCGUGGAGGGAGUUUUUCAGCCGUAUUGAGCCUCCUCAGUCUGUCUCAUCGUCUUCUGAUGUUGUGGAUGUGUUGGGACGAAUUCUUCAGUACAUCAAUGGUUCCACAGUUACCCAUCAGCUGCCCAUCGCUGAGGCCAUGCUGACCUGCAAGCACAAGACUCAAGUCGUUUCAGCUGCUUUUUACAUUUCCAGGCAAGAUGAUGACUCCUGCCAAAAUUUUGUUCCUUUUGUGGGUAUAGUUAAGGUGGGAUUGGUGGAACCCAGCCCAGGAUCUUCAGGUGGAGAUGGUGAGGAAGGUUUGGCUUUGAGCUUGGCGGUUCCCUCCAUGUCUCCUCCCGCUCAUGGAUCCCCUGCUGGGGUGAUGAAAGACUCCGCUACGCCUCCGCCCUCGCCAUCACUAAGCAGUGGAUUGGCUGCUUUAGGGAGCCCCAUUAUGUCUCAUGGGGUGGAUGCUAUUGGGCUGCAGGUGGAUUAUUGGGUUUCUUCAGGGCCCGAGAAGCGCAAAGAAGGAGAGCGGAGAGACCCGGGCAAGCACACACUGAAAUGUGCUUUUAGGUCCUUGCAGGUCAGCCGGCUACCGGGCUCUGGUUCAUCUGAGCUCCAGACCUGCUCCAACACCAUGUCCAUGACUGUGGUGACCAAGGAGAAGAACAAGAAAGUGCCGACCAUCUUUCUGGGCAAGAAGCCAAAAGAGAGAGACAUCGAUUCAAAGAGCCAGAUCAUUGAGGGCAUCACCAGACUUAUCUGCUCGGCCAAGAAUCAACAAACAAGUCUAAGAGUAUCUGUAGAUGGAAUGGAGUGGAAUGAUGUGAAGUUCUUCCAGCUGGCAUCUCAGUGGCCCACACAUGUGAAGUACAUCCCUGUGGGGCUGUUUGGCUACAACAAACCUUCCUCCUAGUGACCUCUUGACAUCAGCCAAUCCGUGGCAAUGUUGAGUCACAUAAAGCUGCUUCAGACGGAACAGAGGACCAGCUGUUCUUCUUGAAGUGAUCACAAUGUAGAUGUCAUAAGAAACUCUCAGUGGUUUGCGGGAUUAUUUAAUCUUGUUUUUGGCUUUUUGAAAGGGUCAGAACUGGCAACAGUCAGGAUAAAACAUGUGCUGGGGAUGCUAUUUAUGAACCGUUUUAUUAAGGUUUUGUCUGUUGUUCAAUGUAUUGCCCAAUAAAAUCCCAAUAUUUUGUUUGCAUUUAAAUAGCACUUGCUAUUAGGGGUUCGAUAUUGUUUUGUCAGAUUUGUCAUGUACCUGUUAUUGUAUAACUUUUGUGUUUUUUUUAAUCAAAAUAUAGGAUCUAAUAAUUUUCAAUAACACUUUAUCUGACUGAAUCAUAAAAGACAAGCCUUUAAGAUAUUUAAAAAAUAUUUUGUGUAUGAAGUAUACUAUGGUGCACCUGUAUAGAAAUACACAUUUAUUUGCUUAUGUGAAUCUGUUAUGUUGUAAUAAAAGCAUGUAUGUACUGUACAGUGUGCAGUUAUAUCAGGGUUCGUCUACGCUGCUAUUGACACUUAACCCACUCCACUGUGGUUUCUGAGUUCAGUCUCUCAAACGUUGUGAAUUUAUGAAUCCGCCAUUGAUUGAAGUUCACUGGUCUCUACCUCCCCGAUGCCUUCCAUUUAAAACAUGAUGAUCUAAUAAUAAAGGUUCUGAUAACUGAUAGUAUGCUCAAUUUUAACUUUCAAGUGACCUAAGAAGACCAUUUCCGCAAAUUGUGUACCAUUAUUGCCUUUCAAAAUCUUGUUAGUGUGCAUGCCAUGUACAGUUAUUGCGGUACACUCGAGGUUCUUUUGAUAACCUGCCCAACAUGUCAAGAGUCAGUAUUGUGUAUUUUCUUCUAUAAAGCUCUUUUGUUGUACUUUGAAUUUUAGAUUAAACGUGAAACGAAUUGAAGUAAUA